AUGUCACAUUCUCAAACAACUCUUUCCAAAGUGUUAUUCGGAUGUAUUUUCAUCGCUACCAUAUGUCUUACACUGGUACAAUCAGGCAAACUUUAUGCUGCAACCUUUGACAUUAAAUGGCGAACUACUUCUGGAAGUGCACACCCUACUGGUGAAGCAGUACUCUCAUUGUUACAAGAGAGUGCUUGCGGAAAGAAAGACAAUAACAAUAACUUCCAAGCACCUUUUACGACCACCAAUCCGACAUGGACGAUGUACAUGACUCAUGCAGAAGAUGUUUCAGUUAGAGAUCAUGAGGGUCGUUGCCGCGCAAGGAGCAAAGUCACCCUGGCUAUCAACCAGAUGGAUGUUCAUAUCCGUAUCCGACUCAAUAAUUUAUGUUCCGAUGAAGCAUGUACCACCAAAAAUCUUGGUGGAAGCUUUUCAUGUGGUGUUGUAAAUGCCCCAGCAAAAACCGACCAGUUCUUUUCAAUCAACGGCGGGAAUGAAAUCAAAUGUACAAGAUGA